AAGAAGCGAUAGGCGAAUGAUCACUGAUUAGCGAUCGCAAUUCGGAACCUUGCCAAAACGGGAAGAAGCGCUUGAUCGUCAUCGUUAGAGCCUGAUCCACAGCCACAGCACACGGAGUUACCGCACAGCUUGACCAGUGCCGGAAACAUCUUCAAACGCGCGCGAGCAAACACGUACGUGUUGGUGAAUGGUGAUCGAUUCGGUGAUUGUUCUGAUUGCUCUAUAAUAUUCCGGUCCAAGUAGUCUAGGGGAAGUGUCACCCACUGGAUAUACGUUAUCUCAAUCACCCUGUCUAUUAUUGCUGGAGGUGGAUCCUUACUCUAAGCCGAAGUGCGUUGCAGCCAUCAUGGUGACGUACUGCUGCUAGUGUGUCUCCUUUCAUCCUUCCUGUUCCGACGCAACGGCAAACGUGUGAACGAGAGUUUUGGUGCGGAAAGAGAUGAUCAACCGGUAAUGUAUUAGCCUCAUCUAACUGUCAAUGUGCCAAUCAGCCAGCAAGAAACCGCAAUCAAAGCGAAACCCCUACCUUCAACAUUGUCACGUGCUCAAUCAAUGGUGUACCAGUGGGGUAAAGCUCACCACAUCCGGCGAUAUACGUUAAAGCUCAACGCCUCUGGGCAUCAUCACACGCCACCAGGAUCAAUAAGCUUAAGUCCCUGUAGCCUCCUUUUACUUGGUUCUGAUUUUCCAGAACACACAUCACCACAUCCGGUGGUAGGAGUAGGGACCCAUUUUUAUCGUAUCCCGGUUUUUUGUGUUACUGUUCUGUUCCGUUGUUCCACUGCCGAAUACUUACAUUCUCCAAUGUUAUUUUUGUUUCGUUCUCGCAUACACUCCUAUUGCCAUAUUUUCGGUGACAUCUAGAUCUCGGCUUUUUCCCAAUUUCCUACGCUUUCGCGUUACGCAUACCAUUUCUUUAUGUGGUUGGUCUCACGUGUGUAGCGGCUGUGUUUACCAUCUACGUCAAUGUGUGUGUGCACAGCUAUGGUUCCUAAUGUGUCCAGGAAAAUCGACCGCUUGGUGCAUAGUCGGGACGGAAGAUGUAUCAAUAUUCCUGCGUGCCACUCGCGAAGAGCAUGCGCACGGCCGGCCGCGUGUCGUGCAGGUGAUUGAACACGAUGAAGUAACGAUAGAUGCCGAUUGUCUGCUCUGGAGGGAAGCAAGAUGUGCUUGCAGUGUGUUAAAAGCGUGAACAUCAGACAUAUAGGGAGUUCGCUGCAGAUAAUGUAGCCGUAUAGUGCCUUCUGUCUUGUGUUGAAGAUGUUUCGGUUCAAUAUACGGUAGCGCACGAUGCCAAAUCUUCGCUUGGACAAUCAAUGCCGUACACUAGUAGUAUACUUCCAUGUACCGCUCGUAGCGGUUCUGCUGUACUGGUUCCGGCCGUAUCUGUACGAAGCUGGCAUCGGUUUGCAACAAACUGCACCACAUCAUGGAACGUCCGACGCACUUGUACCGCCGGAUCCGGGCCACACCGAUCUGUCGGUAAAGCUGUCCUACACCACACUGCACAUGUAUGAAACGGCGGCCAUCUGCUCAGAUUCGGACAUUUGCAGUAACAUUGGUCGAGAUCUGUUAAAACGGAAUGGUUCGGCAGUUGAUGCCACCAUCGGUACCAUGUUCUGUGCCGGGCUUACCAACUUGCAAUCGAUGGGCUUGGGCGGUGGGUUCGUGAUGAACAUUUACCGGCGCGAGGAACGUCGUGCCUACACGCUUGAUGCGCGGGAAAUUGCAGCCGGCAAGGCAACGGAAGAUAUGCAUCUGCACGAUCCAAGCACCACAAACGAAGGUCCACUGUCGGUGGCUGUGCCUGGUGAGCUGAAAGGUUACUGGGAGGCCCAUCAACGUUUCGGACAACUUGCCUGGAGCGAAGUGUUACGUCCAACGCAAGAGCUCUGCCGCGCCGGUAUUCCAAUCUCCAAGCACAUGCAAGAUUCACUAUCUUUCAACUCCAAAGCGCUUACCGACGAGCGGAUCAGAGACCUUUUUACAGACCCAGCAACUGGUCGUCGAAAGCUGCAGGGAGACUACAUACGGCCAACGAAACUGUGUGACACACUCGAUAGAAUCGCGUUGGAGGGCGGCAACACACUGUAUCAGGGCACGCUAGCGGACGACUUUGCUGCGGAUCUUCACGAUAUGGGCAGCAUCAUAACUAUGGAUGAUUUGCGGAGCUACAGUGUCCGCUGGAAUGAGUCCAUUCCGAUCGAUCUGGACGGGGACACAAUGUACGUGGUGCCACCACCGGCAAGUGGUGUCCUGCUGGCAUUCAUCAUGAACAUCCUCAAAGGUUAUCACUUCCAGCCGGACGAUGCACGCAGCAUCGAACAUGCCAUACGUACGGUUCAUCGUAUCGUGGAGGCAUUCAAGUUUGCGUACGGCAAACGAACAGAAAUCGGUGACCCACGAUUCGUCGAUGUGGCUGAGCUUACGUCUAAUCUCACCUCAGUGGAGUACGCAGAAGCUAUCAGGAACCGUAUAGAAGACGCACUAACACGGUCCGAACCGGCAGACUACGAUGGUUUCUUCUUCACACCGAACAAUGAUGGUACCGCACAUGUAUCAGUGCUAGCACCUUCUGGAGAUGCAGUAUCCGUGACGAGUUCAGUGAACUUUUACUUUGGAGCGGGCUUGAUGGGGCAGCGUACCGGCAUCAUUGUAAACAGCGGUAUGGACGACUUUUCGUCGCCUGGUUUGCGUAAUUACUUCGGACUUCCCGGCUCAAAAGCGAACUUCAUACGGCCCCACAAGCGAGCACUUUCAUCCAUGUCACCUACGAUCGUAACGGAUCCGGAACAUAACGUUAAGCUGGUGAUUGGAGCUGCCGGUGGAACCAAAAUCACCACUGCCGUUGCACUGACGAUAAUGCGUGUGCUAUGGUUUGGGUAUGAUAUCAAGGAAGCGAUCGAUGCGCCGAGGUUUCAUCAUCAGCUAAUACCAAUGGCAGUACAAUACGAGUACGGCAAUCUGGAUCUGAUUGUUAAAGGAUGGCGAGGUAAAGGACAUCAAACGACGCGUUACCGAGAGCGUGGUUCUAUCAUUUGUGCAAUCGCCCAGAAUGCAUCCGGGGUAUAUGCCAACGCUGACUACCGGAAGGGUGGUGACGUGGCAGGAUUCUAAAACAACGGCUCUCUUUCUCUCCAGCCAAGCUUUGCUGUCGAUUGCUGUGAAAACCGUUAAAUGCAAUAUGUAAUCGAGAAGCUCUUGGUAGCCAUAGGACAAACAACGCACUUCGUGCGAAUUAGCCUUAACAUUGCUGUAAUACUAGACAUAAACUUACGGGUUAUAAGCAUUCGUUACUUUGUAAUAUAACCAAAGCAUUUAAAGAACUGUAUUCGUCAACAAAUGAAAGACCUGCUCAGCGUAUAUCUCUUGGUGCUACGUAGAUAAUGUUUUGUAAUACGCAGUUAGGUAUGGGUAUUAACAAAUGCCAGAAUUAUUAAACUUUGAGUACGUCAAACGUAACAAUCUUUUCAUUUAUGGUUUGUCAUCGUUAAACCGGCCGUCUUAUAACCGAAUAUUAUCUGUGCUGCUCGUACUUUGGAAAUGGCGUCCUGAAGACGGUAGCAUCGAAGGUGGCAACCCAUUUAAGUUUCAAUAUGCUCAAGCAGUCAAAUAAACGUACUCCAUCUCAAUAAUGAACCAUAAAGUAAAAUAAACUGCAAUGAAACAGAAACCCCCCUCCAUCAUACAUCUAUCUAUUAUCCGUGUUAUUCCCUUUCCGGCAAAGGUUGGAGUUUUUGCUAUUUAAAGCACUAUUUAAGUGAAAAGAAACUUAUUGCAACAAAUUCCCAUCAAAAUAUAUCACAUUUAAAAUUUUUGCUACAUUGCUCAAAAAUGAGGAAAAUUUUACAUUUUCUCAAACAGGGUAAGGAACUUGGUUCCUCGAAUAACUUCUGGCACAGACAUCUAAGGGCAUGGCUGUCCAAGAAGAAAAUGUAGCCAUUGGUGCCAUCUAUCGACCACAGGUUAAAGAUUGGCGAUUAGUAGGAUACCGACCGAGUUAUAGGCAAAAGUUGGUGCAAAAAUGAGGAAAAUUUUACAUUUUCUCAAACAGGGUGUGGAACUUGGUUCCUCGAAUAACUUCUGGCACAGACAUCUGAGGGCAUGGCUGUCCAAGAAGAAAAUGUAGCCAUUGGUGCCAUCUAUCGACCACAGGUUAAAGAUUGGCGAUUCGUUGGAUACCGACCGAGUUAUAGGCAAAAUUUGGUGCAAAAAUGAGGAAAAUUUUCAUAUUUUUUUUAAUUUUUUGAUUUUUUAUUAUUUUUCACUCUUUUUUUGAUUUAAAGCAU